ACGGGUUACCUGUGCUGUAUGUGACGACGCAACCGCUGAAUGCUUGCGAAGGUGCUGAGCCUGCCCGUCCAAAAUGGCGACGUCCAUCGAGAUUCCACUUCGUGACACAGAUGAAGUGAUAGAGCUCCAGUUCGAUCAAUUACCAGACGGGGAAGAACUACUUAGCAUCCUAAAGCAAGAAGAUGUCAGGCUGAAUAUUUGGAACACGCUCGCUCUGCAAUACUACAAGCAAGGGAAAACAGAGGACUUUAUCAGAAUAUUGGAGUCUGCAAGGACUGAUGCAAAUCGCAAAUAUGGAGACAGUGAGAAAGAUCAAAUGGUGUGUCUGGACACUCUGGCCGCAUUCUAUGUCCAGCAAGCCAGAAAGGAGAAGAACAAGGAGAAAAAGAAAGAGCUUUUCACUCAAGCCACAUCUCUCUACACUAUGGCUGAUAAGAUCAUCAUGUACGACCAAAACCAUCUGCUGGGUAGAGCAUACUUUUGCCUUCUUGAAGGUGACAAGAUGGAACAAGCUGAUGCACAGUUCAACUUUGUGCUUGCCCAGUCUGGGAACAACAUUCCAGCUCUCUUAGGAAAGGCUUGUAUCUUCUUCAACAAGAGAGAUUAUAAAAAUGCCUUAGCCUUCUACAAGAAGGCAUUGCGAACCAACCCUAACUGCCCUGGUGCUGUGCGGCUGGGAAUGGGUCAUUGCUUUGUAAAACUAAACAAGCUUGAUAAAGCCAGACUGGCAUUCAAGAGAGCUCUCGAGCUUGAACCAAGGUGCACUGGUGCCAUGGUUGGGUUGGCUAUAUUAGAGCUGAACUCAAAAAAGCCUGACUCUAUCAAGAUCGGUGUGCAGUUGUUAUCUAAGGCAUACACUAUCGAUAACGCCAACCCUAUGGUGCUCAACCAUCUGGCAAACCACUUCUUCUUCAAGAAGGAUUACAGCAAAGUCCAGCACCUUGCCCUCCAUGCUUUCCACGGUACUGAGGUAGAGGCCAUGCAAGCGGAGAGUUGCUACCAACUAGCCAGGGCAUUCCACGUCCAGGGUGACUUUGACCAGGCAUUCCAGUACUAUUACCAGGCUACACAGUUUGCAUCGCCGAACUUCAUACUCCCCCACUUUGGUCUUGGACAGAUGUACAUUGCACGACGAGAUUUGAACAAUGCAUCCCAGUGCUUCGAGAAGGUUCUGAAAGCCAUGCCUGGCAACUAUGAGACUAUGAAGAUCUUGGGGUCUCUCUACAGCCCAUCGUCUGACCUGGACAAGAGGGAGCUGGCAAGGCAACAUCUAAAGAAGGUAACAGAGCAACAUCCAGAUGAUGUUGAGGCAUGGAUUGAGUUAGCAGGCAUCCUUGAGCAGUCAGAUGUUCAAGCAGCAUUACAGGCAUACGGCACUGCCUCACGGCUACUCAAGGAGAAAGUGGAGGCAGAUGUACCACCAGAGAUCCUCAAUAAUGUGGGGGCUUUGCAUUUCAGGCUUGGAAACCUCAAAGAAGCAAAGCGUUUUUAUGAGUCAUCCCUGGAUCGCUCCAAGCAGGAAAGUCAUAAUGAUGAGAGCUACUAUAAUGCAAUCUCUGUCACUACAACCUACAACCUGGCCCGCCUGCAUGAGGCCAUGUGUGAGAUUGACAAAGCUGAACAGCUCUACAAAAAUAUCCUCAGGGAGCACCCGAACUAUGUGGACUGUUAUCUGAGGCUUGGAUGCAUGGCACGAAAUCGAGGUCAGAUUUAUGAGGCCUCUGAUUGGUUCAAAGAGGCUCUCCAGAUUAACCAGGACCAUCCAGACGCCUGGUCUCUGAUCGGUAACCUCCAUCUUGCCAAGCAAGAGUGGGGACCAGGGCAAAAGAAGUUUGAGCGCAUCCUGAAGCAGCCAUCUACUGCUAAUGAUGCAUACUCGCUGCUUGCAUUAGGGAACGUCUGGCUUCAGACCUUGCAUGCACCAACCCGCGACAAGGCCAAGGAGAGACGCCACCAGGACCGUGCCCUGGCCAUGUACAAGCAAGUGCUGAGGAAUGACUCUAGGAACCUCUAUGCAGCUAAUGGCAUAGGGUGCAUUCUUGCACACAAGGGCUAUAUAAGAGAAGCAAGGGAUGUGUUCUCCCAAGUUCGAGAAGCCACAGCUGAUGUCCCGGAUGUGUGGCUCAACUUGGCUCAUAUCUACGUGGAGCAGAAGCAAUAUGUGUCAGCCAUUCAGAUGUACGAAAACUGUCUUCGCAAAUUCUUCAAGCAUCACAGUGUAGAGGUCAUGCUUUACUUGGCCAGGGCAUACUACAGGGCAGGGAAACUUAAAGACUGCAAGCGAGUGCUCUUGAAGGCCCGUCACGUGUCUCCUAAUGACACCAUCUUGCUGUUUAAUGUAUCGCUGGUGCAGCAGAAACUCGCUACAGGAAUCCUGAGAGCUGAGAAGAGUUCACUGAAGGUGGUACUUGGAGCUGUUGGCGAACUUGAGCAGGCUCAGAGGAAUUUUACAUGGCUCAGUCGCCAUGGUGACAGGAUGAAAUUUGACCUCGCUUGGGCGGCCUACGAGUCUAGGCAUACCAGCGACUUGCUCAGUCAGGCCCAGUACCACGUGUCACGCGCGCGGAAACUCGACGAACAGGAACAAGAGCUACGACGUAAACAGGAGGCAGAGAAAGAAGCGCUCAGACGAAGUAAAGAGGAAGAGGAGCGCUCGCGUCAAAAGGAACGCGAAGAGCAGGAGCGCCUGAUGCUCGAGAAGAGACAGCAGUUUGUAGAAGCGACCAAGAACAAGCUUGUCUUCAACGAGGCCGAAAUGGCGGCUGCAGAGAAGAAAGCUAAAGGCGGCCGUAAGAGAGCCAAAGAUGACGAUUUCGUGGAUGACAGUUCGAGCAGCAGUGCGGACGAGGGCGGUGACGAGGAGGGAGGGGAGGGUAAAGUCAAGGCCAAAAAAGAAAAGAAGGACAAGAAAAGGAAAAAGAGACGGACUGGAGGUGAAGGCGAAGACAAACCGAAAAAGCAGAGGAAACCGCGGGCUCCCCGUGCUCCGAAAGAGAAGAAGCCGCGUAAAGACAAGAAAUCGGCAGCGAAUGAGGAAAGGCUCUCGGCGAAACAGAGGAUGAAGAUCAAGUCCAAGGCGUACGUCUCGUCCUCCGAAGACUCCUCCGAUUCGGACAACGACAAACUCAAAAUCACCGAUGUCGGUAGCGACGACGAAAAGGCUGAGAGGUCAGCGGUGGAGUCGCAUGACGGUUCUGGCCAGGAGGAGCGGGCCUCGGGCGACGAGCGUAUCUCUGAUGCGAGUCAUGUGACCAGUGAGGAGGAGAUGCAGGCAUCAGACGCGGAGAGCGAGGAAAAGGAGAAAGAUGAGGCGAGUAGCGACGCAGAAGCACCUUCUAGCAGCCGUAAGCGAGUCAUAUCCAGCGAUGAUGAUGAAGAGUUUGAUGAAAAGCUAGACGAUGACGAUGACAAUAACGAUGAUGAGGAAGAGUCCAAGCCGACGCCCAAGAAACGCGUCAGGCAGCUCGCUAGCUCAUCGGAAAGCGACGAAGAGUAGUCAGAAGUUUUCUCCCUACCAUGGAAGAGCAAUCGUUCGACUGGUUUACAGAAAGGAGCUGCGUCCAUUAUAUAGCAGUGUUGUGGAUCCUUACUGCCCAGAUGCGUUAAGGACCUUUUGUCCCUUGUAUAGUACGUCACCUUUGGCCCAACUAAGAGAAACGCCAUCGCCACGUAUAAUUGUAAAUAAUGACCAUGUUUGUAGCAGAAAUCGGUUGUAUCAACAGAGCGCCAAGUAUAAAUCAAUAAAAGUACCACGGUUUUAAAA